CGCACAACAUUGCCUUUAGAUUGGCGUUAGAUUGGCAACCACUGCCGAUUCACCGGGACUGGCCGACACACAUCGCACACGGAUCGGUCGGUCCCGUUGGGUUUCGCUUCGGCCAGCCAAUUCACGCAGCAGCGCGUCUAUUGUGCAUUCCAUCGGAUCGCUCCAUCGGUAUUUGUAGUUUUUGUGUGUGUCUGUGCAGAGGACGGACGCGCACUCGCGUUUCCACCGUCAUCGUGGUUGGGAUUCACGCAAGGAAUGUUGUGUGAAUUGUCGCUGGCAGCUUUGGACGACGUGGAGCGUACCACAAAGUUUUGGAACACACCAAUGUAAAGAAGUUGUGGACGCGCCUCGGAAGGUGUCUUUGCGCGAAGGUGUGUACCUGAGCGCGUGUGUGUGUAUGUGUGUGGGUGCGCAUCGUGAAGUGAUUGGUGGCAUCUACGCAUCGACGGCCCAGUUCCGGAGAAGGGGCGCGGAACCCCGUUACAGCUGAUCACGCCGAAAACGCUGUCUGGGCAAACGACUCGUCCAACGAAGAUCGUCCCACAAUCGAUGUGUACCAACAAUUGCAACAACCCACUCGUUAAGCAUACAACCUAAUUGAUCGAAAUUCACAUCCAAACCACCUCCCCCACCCCCCCCCCCCCACCCCAUCCCGUAGACAAGCAGUGCAAACAGGAUGAAGCCAAGGCGCGUUGGUAUGGCAAGGGGCUACGAGGAAAUGGACGGAGCGAACGUUCCUCGUCCACCCGGCUCGACGGUAUCGGUUGGUGGAGCUGCCAACGGUGCUGACUCCUUAUCGGGAGGGGCUAGCUCACCCCAAUCACCGGUGUCUCCUCCCGUCGGUUCGAUGUUGGCUGGAGCGGCACCGGAAUUCGAGCUCGCCUCCGUCAGUGUGGUGCCGGAUGAUACGUACACCGUGACACAAGCUGUCAAUGCGCUCGGUUUCGGAUGGUUCCAGGUGAAGUUGUCCCUCUGCGUGGGGCUCUGCUGGAUGGCCGAUUCGAUGGAGAUGACCAUACUGAGCGUGCUCGGUCCGGCACUGCACUGUGACUGGGGUAUCUCGCGGUACCAGCAAGCGUUGGUCACGACGGUUGUGUUCUUGGGCAUGAUGCUUAGUUCCACCUUCUGGGGUCAUCUCAGCGAUCGAUACGGUCGCAAACCGGCCUUAACGCUGUGUGGAGUACUUCUGUUCCUGUACGGAUUGUUGAGCUCCGUCGCACCGAGCUUCGGUUGGUUGCUGUUGCUACGUGGACUGGUCGGAUUCGCCAUCGGAUGUGUGCCCCAAUCUGUCACACUGUACGCCGAAUUUCUGCCGACGAAACAGCGGGCCAAAUGUGUCGUACUGUUGGAUUGUUUCUGGGCGCUGGGAGCAUGCUUCGAGGUAGCGCUUGCACUGGCCGUGACGCCGACACUUGGAUGGCGAUGGUUGCUUGGAUUGUCUGCCGCACCGUUGUUUAUCUUUGCCAUCAUCACACCGUGGCUUCCGGAAUCGGCACGCUACCACGUUACCAGCGGCCAGAACGACAAAGCACUGAACACACUCGAGCAGAUCGCGAAGGACAACCGGAGACCGAUGCUGCUUGGCCGGCUGGUGGUGGAAGGACCGAGUGGAUCGCGCGGAAGCUUGAAGGCACUGCUCGGCAGCUCGCUAAGGCGCACCACGCUGCUGCUGUGGUUCAUCUGGAUGUCCUGCGCGUUCUGCUACUACGGGCUGGUGCUGAUGUCGACCGAGCUGUUUGGCGGGAAGAACAAAACCAUCGUUGAUGGUGCGCUGACGGACGACGGAAUCACGAUCGACUGUCAGCCGCUGGCAACGACGGACUAUAUGGAUCUGCUGUGGACGACGCUGGCCGAGUUUCCGGGCAUUUUUGCGACGAUUUACGUGAUUGAAAAGUUUGGCCGCAAGAAAACGAUGGCACUGCAGUUCCUUUUCUAUGCCGGAUGCGUCCUCAUGAUCACCGUCACUGAAGUACGCGUAUUCUUAACAAUAAUCCUCUUUAUGGCGCGCGGAGUCAUUGCCGGACUGUUCCAAGCGGCGUACGUCUAUACGCCAGAGGUCUACCCGACCGCGCUGCGAUCGGUCGGUGUUGGUGGGUGUUCGGCACUCGCACGCCUCGGUGCUAUGGCCACGCCGUACAUUGCGCAGGUCCUGUUUCAAUCGUCGAUCUGGAGUGCGGUGACCGUCUACGGCAUCUUUGCAGCGUGUGCCAGCGUGGCCUGUAUGCUGUUGCCGUACGAAACGCGCGGUGCUGAUUUGGCGCACUAA